AUGUGGAAUCUAUUCGCCGCCUUUCACUUUCCCGAGGAUUUCCUCACCACGUUCCUCAAAUCUCAAUGGACGACUCUACCAUACCCCGCCACAGACUUCGCUGGCCAAACCAUCAUUGUCACUGGCAGUAAUGUAGGUCUUGGGCUUGAAGCAGCUCGACACUUCGUCCGACUCGGGGCCUCGAAGGUUAUAUUGGCAUGUCGAAGUCAGGAGAAAGGCGAGUCUGCGAAGAAAAGCAUCGAAGAAUCUACAAAGAGAAGCGGGGUACUGGAAGUCUGGCAGGUUGACUUGGGCAGCUACGAGAGCGUUAAACAGUUUUGCAACAGGGCAACCAAGCUGGAUCGUCUGGAUGCAGUGGUGGAAAAUGCAGGAAUAGCGACAUCUUACUACACGGAGUUGGAGGGCAUGGAGAGCACUGUGACGGUUAAUGUCAUUUCGACGUUCUUGAUGGCGCUUUUGCUGUUGCCCAAACUGCGGGCUGAUGCCAUGAAGUACAAUACUACGCCGAGACUCGUCAUUGUCGCCUCAGAAGCCCAUGAACAAGCCAGAUUUGUCGAAAAGUCCGCCCCUUCGAUUUUCCCCGCUCUCAACAACCCAAAGAACCAGCCCGAUAGAUAUACAGUCUCCAAACUCCUCGAAGUGCUCACAGUCCGCGAACUCGCGCCAGCCAUGAUAGCUUCUGGGAAGCCAAAAGUCAUACUCAAUUGUUUGACUCCUGGAUUCUGCCAUUCGGAAUUGAUGCGAGACGCACCGUUUCCCUUGAACAUCCUUGCACCGAUCGGGAAGUUCCUCCUGGCUAGAACUACGGAGAUGGGUAGUCGAACCUUGGUUUCUGCUGCAGCGGCUUCUGGAGAAACUCAUGGGAUGUAUCUGCAUGAUCUCAAGAUCAAAGAACCGAGCAGAUGGGUUCGGAGCGAUGAGGGGAAGGAGGUACAGAAGAAGGUCUACAAGGAGCUUCUUGGCAUCUUGGAGGGAAUCGAACCUAGUGUGACGAAUAACAUUUGA